AUGAACCAGAAUAGUCAGCAACAACACCUCCAACAGUCGUUGAACUGCUAUACUGAUUAUUCAUGGAAAAUUUCUGGAUUAAAAAGCAAAUUUUUAGUAGCACAAUCUCAAGGGCAAAUAUUUACCUAUUCUCCAGUAAUUCCUAUUUUACCUCUUGAUAAUAAAAUGUGUUUACGUUUAUGUUUGCAUAAAGAUCCUCAUCAAACCAAUUUAUGCGUCUUUUCUCGUUCAAUGCCUACCAUCACAUCCAGAUGUCAAGUACAACAAAAUGAAUCGUUCGAGCAACAUAUGAUUUCUAGUCGUGAGAAUGAUUUUAACGGGUCUUUUAACCAACGAGAAUCCUCUAUUAAAGCUGCAUUUUGCCUUUAUGAUCAAUCUGGCGGAGAGAAUCAUAUUAUUGAUUCAUUUUGUUUUAAUGAUAAUCUGUCACCUUUUCAGGAAUCAACAACUUCGACAAAUAUUGUAGAAUGUAUACCAAAAAUUUAUCCACUACCAGUAAUACAUGAUCAUGGAAGUCCAUACAUUAAAGAUGAUUCUGUACAUAUCAAAUGUUUAUUCUCAGCCUAUUCUAUUUCUCAAUGUAGUAAUUACCAUAUUUUUUUUGUCGGAUUACAUACAAAUGAACAUACAAAAUAUAUUAAAGAAAAAUAUCCAACUCAAAUUGAAUAUUUUGAUAAAAUUGAUGAGGCUAUAAUAUGGAUUCAUUUAACGAGUAGUAGAGAUAAAAUUUAUUUAAUUUUAUCGGAUCAUUAUGCCAAAAUUACUGUAUCACGGAUAUAUAACUUACCCCAAUUAAAUACAAUAUUUAUUUACAAAACUUCAAAUAAUGAUGAUAUUAUUCUUGAUGAUCUUAAAAACGAAUAUCCGAAAAUGCGUACGUUCCAUCAAGAUAAUUUAGUAGAUAUCAUAAAUUCACUUAUUUUAAGAAUUGAUAACCAAUAUAUUCAAACUACUAAUUCUGAUGAUCAAUCAGUCUUGUUAGAGACUCAGUCAAUUAUCAUUAAAGACUCAUUAGAGAAUUCAAUGAGAAAAGGACAACAAUAUCUGGAAGACGAAGAAACUAAUUAUGGAGAAUCAGAACAAAAUGUAUUAUCGUCUACAGUUAAUCAGAAUACUUUGGCUAAACCGACAAUCCAAGCAAAUAAUAUGAAGGACAAUAAUUCCAGUUCACAACAACGUAAAGUUUAUGACGAUCUGCAACGAACAAACGAAAAGAGAAUGGAGGAAAAGAAAAAGCAAGAAAAUGUUGAAUCAGAAGAUCUCUUUGUGCACACUCACCCAACAGCUACAGCUGCCUCUGAUUUACAGGCUGAACUACAAUUGUGCUAUGAAACCUUAACAAUAGUUACUGCGAAAGUGCUAAGAUUAUUGUCUGAAAUAGAUCGUCUGAAGAAAGAAUCACUGACUCAGCGAUGUGUACUACAAGCAAACGUUGAGGAGUAUAAACACAUAAAAGAAUUAUUUAAUCAAUCUAAUAAUAACCGGAACCAGCUAGCAUCUGAACUAGUUACACUAGACCAAGAAAGUACCGCGGUGAAACAGAAACUAGAAUCUCUGCAAUCAAUACUAAAUGAUGGUUUAUUUGUAUGGAAAAUACGCAAUGUGCCCGAAAUAAUUUCUAACGCACAGUGUCAAUGCCAAACAAGUAUUGAUAGCUCUCCAUUUUAUUCGUCACCAAAUGGGUAUAAGAUGCGUAUAAAACUGUAUCCAAAUGGCCAUGAGAAGACAAAAGGAUUUCACAUGUCUUUAUUUCUUGUGAUGAUGUCAGGAGAAUAUGAUGCCAUCGUACACUGGCCAUUUACUUAUGAAGUAACGUUUUGUCUAUUCGAUCAAACGGAGAAGCGCAAACAUUUCAUAAAAUCGUUUCGUGCCGAUCCAGGAUCUGAUAGUUUUCAACGUCCUCAAUCAGAAAUGAAUAUUCCAAUUGGAAUUUUGGAGUUUUUUUCUCUUCCAAUUCCAAACGGCAGUGAUUACUUUCUAGAGGAUACAAUGUUUAUUGGGGCUUUAGUUGAUUUUCAAAACUUGUCAAAAGAUAUUCGGCCUUACGUUUUCGAAAUGGAUUUAGGUUUACCAAGCUAUGUUCGGCAGCGCAUAAUCCAUGAAGAAGUAACUAAACUGGAAGACAAAGAGCAAAACCAACCGAUCUUACCACCUUUGCAUCUAUACCGACAAGCACAAGAACGCUUUAGUUGCAAUUUAGAUGAUUUUGUAGCCGA